CUGUGUUGGCAUGUGUGUCGAAGUGUCUGCAGUGCAGGGUGACUGUGCUCUCUGCUUGGUAUAAUUUUUUAUCUGAAAUCCUGCCCAAUUAGUGACUGCACACUGUGCUCACGUUGACUUGAGAGCUCUAUGCCACUUGCAUGGCUGGGAGUGAACAGACAUCCUGCACAUCUUUCUCCUUCAGACAUGGCCUCCCAUACCAACAUGCUGGCGGAGGAGCAGGUGCACUGCUCCAUCUGCCUGGACGUGUUCACAAACCCCGUCUCCAUUCCGUGUGGUCACAACUUCUGUGUAGGGUGCAUCCGCGGCUACUGGCGCACCAGCGUCCUCUACCAGUGCCCCAUGUGCAAGAAGACCUUCUACAAGCAGCCCGACACCAGCAUCAACACCGUGCUCCGGGAGAUCGCCGAGCAGUUCAAGGACGUGCGCCGCAAGAACAACCAGCUGCUGAAGCAGCAGCAGCAGAAAGAGCUGGAGGACCAGCAGCUGCAGAAGAAGGAACAACAAAAGCAAGAACAACAACAACAACAACAACAACCAAAACAACAGCCUCAAGUGCAUCAACUGGAACCACAACAGCAAGAAAAACAGCAGCCACAACAACAUCAACAACAACAGGUGCCGCAGCAAAAGAAGAAGCAGCAAGCGGAGGAAGAGAAGCUGGACCUGCGGCCCCCGCCCCCACCCCCGCCUCCCCCUGCCCCCGAGGAAGUGCUGGCGGACAUGCCGGCGCUGCUGCCGCCGCCCUGGGCGGAGGAGGUGUCGUGCGACGUGUGCUCGGGCAUGCGCCUGCGGGCGGUCAAGUCGUGCCUGGUGUGCCUGACGUCGUACUGCGAGGAGCACAUCAAGUCGCACGUGGCCCGCUUCACCAAGCACAAGCUGAUCGAGCCCGUGGCCAACCUGGAGGAGCGCAUGUGCACCAAGCACGAGCGGCUGCUGGAGCUCUUCUGCAAGAAGGACCAGACCAUCGUCUGUGUGCUCUGCACCGAGAUGGACCACCGCUCACACUACACUAUACCGGUGGAGCGGGAGUGGGCCGAGAGGAAGACCCACCUGAAGAAGACGGCCACUGAGGUGCACGAGAUGAUCCAGAGUAGACAGAAGAAGGUGGAGGAGAUCAAGCGCUCUGUGGAGCUAAACAAAUCCAGCGCGCUGCGUGAAAUCGAGGACAGCAUGCAGGUGUUCUCAGAGCUGGUGCGGGCGGUGCAGCGGGCCCAGGCGGAGCUGGUGCUGGCCAUCGAGGAGAGGCAGAGGGAAACGGAGCGCUGGGCCCAGGGCCUCAUUGCCGAGCUGGAGAAGGAGAUCGCCGACCUGCGCAAGAGGAACACUGACCUAGGGCACCUGGACCGCACGGAAGACCACAUUCACUUCUUACAGAAAUUCCCAGCACUUUGCACACACCCACCCACUAAAGACUGGUCUGGGACCAGUGUACACACUGAGCAGUGUGUGGGGGCCAUCAGGCGGGCCGUGACAAGCUUAGAAGACACACUGGAGGAGGAGAUAGAGAAACUGGCAGCAAAUGAACUAAAAAGAGUCCAGCAGUAUUCAGUCGACUUGACCCUUGACCCCGACACGGCCAACCCGUGGCUGCAGCUGUCCGAGGACUGCCGCCAGCUGCGCCACCUUGGCUCGUGGCAGGACCUGCCCGACUCGCCCGGGCGCUUCGACACGGUGGUGAUCGCCCUGGCCCGCGAGCCCAUCGCCAGCGGCCGGCGCUACUGGGAGGUGCAGGUGGGCGACAAGGACGACUGGUACCUGGGCGUGGCGCGCGCCUCCGUCAACCGCAAGGGCCGCAUCGGCGUCAGCACCGCGCACGGCUACUGGGCUCUGGCCAUGAAGAAGGGAGGCGAGUAUCGAGUCUCGUCCACCCCGCCCUUGCUCCUCGCCCUGCCCACCAAGCUCAAGCGCGUGGGGGUGUACGUGGACUUCGAGGAGGGGCAGGUCUCCUUCUACGACGUCCUGGGACGCACCCACCUCCACACCUUCCUGGACAGCUUUCAAGAGAGGAUUUACCCCUUCUUUUACCUGUACUGCUGCGACAAGGCCUCCGACACCAUGGCCAUCAGCCCCCUCAGUGACAAGGCUCUCAUUAAACAGUGUUUGGAGUGACGCUUGUGACCGUGGCCGCAUUGAGAUGUGUGCUCUCUGUACUUAAUGAUUGAAGUUGUUUUAUCUUUAUAUUUAUGCUAUUUCAUAAAGGUUUUUUUUGUUUCUUAAGUAGAAAUGACAAUUUGACAAUUGAUUUGUUUGAAAUUCUGUUUUCACUACCAGGCAUGGAUUAACAGCAGUAUGUAUAAUCAAUCUUGAAAUAAUUUAGAUGGUUUCAGAUUUUGUAACUAGAAUUAACAAGCUUUUGAUCCAGUCAGCAGCUAUAUUCACAUUGGAAUAAGUCUUUGUUUAUGUUUAUGUACAACGAAAGAGAUGUACUGUAACCAGGAAUAAAUGCAGUUCAAGUCUGAA